AUGUCGAGAUCAAUUGAGCUCGGGCGCGCAGUGCUCAGCUCGCCUGCCACCGAUCACGAGCUUUGGCUCACAACAUUCAUCACCAUCUCACCAAAACAGGAUGCAACUUACUUACAGCAGCUAACCUCGGCCGAAUACCUGGACGCGUUGACGUCCGGAACCGUAUGGGCGAGCCGUGCACAUGACAUGCACAUCGAAAUUAAGCUUAGUCUACGCGACGAGCCUCUACCUCACAAGCAGUUGCAGGAUCUCACAAAUGCCAUCCUUCAAGCGCCGGUCUGGGAUCAGUUGACGUUGGAGCCAACGCAUCGAACAGAUAUCGCAAUGGACCCCGGGACAAUACGUCUGGACAUCAACCACUCCUCAGUCACGAGUAUGCAAGAAGGAAAGAAGCGUCACCGACUCUUCUCGGAUGUUCCAGCGGUAGACAUUCAACCGCCCAAGGGAAUCGCGUCAGUCUCACUCCAGUCCGUACGCAUUUGCAUGGACAUUCUCGAGGCAAGCCCGCGUAGGAGGCCCGCGGUGAAACGAACGACUUCGUCCCCGGGUGAGCGAAAGGUAGCGACUGCAGAAGAAGAGGACUCUGAUACACUUCUGUACGAGAUUGAACUGGAGGACGUAUCACCUGCUGGACAUAUUCAUCGCACGUCAACCGCUCCGAGGACUCCUGCGUACGGGAAACGGAAACGACCAGCUACUGAGGAUGUGGUAUCGACUCAACCCGUAUCACUUGAACAGGCCGAAUCAUCGAAACGAAGGCGCAAUCGACCGACAAACGAUUCUUCGGUGCGGCGAAAGUCCCGCACGAAUCCUAAUUUGCCAGAACAGAUAGAGAUUGCCAGCAUGGUCGAUGGAGCGUUGCGUUUGUCGAUUUCGGGUACUCUCAGCAAGGCCCCGAUUGGACUCAAGGCCAAAGCGAGCACUUUCCGCCUAGGGUUAGCCGAUGUUGCUCCUGCGAUAUGGAAGACCGGAUACAUAGUCGCAUUGUCCCAAAGAGCUCAUCUCCUACCUACCAUCGCUUGUUCCAUCCGCCGAAUCGGGGGUGUAAAGGCAGCAUCCAUCUCGUUAAGAGACAAGAUAAAGGACUUGAAGAUGAUGGCGCAUCAAGCUCCGUCAGGUCGCUUAGAUCCAACACUAUCUGACACUGAUUAUGAGCCCACUGAAGCUGAGUCAGCAAUCGCAAGCCAUCUAUGGUCACAGUCCCAACGAAGUCUUAUGGAUAAGCCCAUGGCCCCGAUCAAACCGUGUGUGGCGUCUAUCGUUCAACAAGCCCAGCCAGACUCUGACGACAUGCUCGCGGAUGAGGAACAAGCGUGGCAGCCCACUACAUCAUUCCAGGCUGACGGCCUGCACGAGUGUUUUGAGGUUGAGUCGGCAUUGACAGCGGGUCCCUAA